GCGAGGACGGGAAGGAAGCCCUGCCUUGCCAUCGUGAACGUGGGGGAGAAGGACCCCAACGGUCAGACGCGUCUGAAGCUCUUCGCGGAAAAGGAGAGGUCCUGGUUUGACAAGGCUGCCCUCUGCGAGUCCGUUGGGAUUGACACGAGGAGGGUCGAGCUCCCGGCGUCCUCGAGCUUCGGGCGCGUGCAUGACGCGCUCAUGUCACUCAACAGGGACGACGGGGUAGACGCCAUCCUCCUCGAGCGUCCCCUGCCGCCCCAGCUGGACGCCGAGCUGCUUGGAAGUGUCAUCGUUGCCAGCAAAGACGACGAGGUGGUCGGCCAUCCUCCGCGGGUUCCUUGGACGCUGCCAACAGCUCUCGUCCUCCCUUGCACUGUAGAGGGAGUGAUGCAGCUCCUGCUCCGCUCUGGCGCCAUGCCCUCCGUUACCCGCGGCCUCUCGGUCGUGGUCGGCCGCUCCCGCAAACUUGGCGCUCCUCUUGCUCUUGCUCUGAUGCAGGCAGACGCGACGGUGGCGGUCUGUCACAGCAGGACGUCAGAGGAGGAGCUGAGAAGCCUCUGCUUGCAAGCAGACACGCUAUUCGUGUGUGCCGGUUCUCCUCAUCUCAUCUCCAAGGACAUGGUCAAGAAGGGUGCGAUCGUUAUCAACGUUGGCACAACCUUCUCUUCCUCGCUCUCCUCCCUCCUCCCCGACGUGCAGGAAGACGUCGCGGACGUCGCUCGAGUCCUCACGCCGACACCCCAUGGUGUUGGCCCGACCUGUGCGGCUGCUCUGACGCUCAACGUCGUC